ACAGUGUAAUAUCCUCUUAUUUAUCUCUAGACGCAUGAAUUUGAACCUUUUAUCCCAUUCUAUAAAUUCCACACACUUUCUCGUCGUUGAAACCAAUUGCGAUGGAGUCCCAAGGUUCAGUAGCACUAGUGGUUGGCGUCACAGGAAUGGCUGGGCUUAGCCUAGCCCAGGCCCUGAAGGAGCCCAAUUGUCUCGGAGGCCCAUGGAAAGUUUACGGCGUGGCCCGGCGGCCUCCGUCCUCAUGGUUCCCUCCUUCGAUCGUUGACCACUUCAUCCCUUCGGACAUCCUUGACUCUGCUGACACACGCGCCAAGCUCUCUCCCAUCGCGGACCAGGUCACACACCUCUUCUGGGUAACCUUGCAGGUCCACGCAGACGAAGAAACCAACGUCACCGUUAACAAAACCAUGCUCCUCAACGUUCUCAACGUUCUCAACCCUUCCCGGCUCAGCCACGUCACGGUCCAAACCGGAACCAAACACUACAUGGGCCCAAUUUUUGACCCGGUUCUCUCCAGCCAACUCGUCUGCCACGAACCACCGUUUCACGAGAACAUGCCACGCCUCCCUUACCCCAACUUCUAUUACGCGCUAGAGGAUCUCGUUCAAUCCUACGCGCCCACGCUCACGUACUCAGUGCAUCGCUCCUCAAUCAUUAUAGGAGCGUCGUCAAGGAGUGUUUACAACGCGCUCCUGACGCUGGCGACCUAUGCUGCAAUUUGUCGCCACGUAGGAUUGCCGUUUCGGUACCCUGGGACAAAGUACACGUGGGAGCAUUUCUGCGACAUGAGCGACGCGAGGGUGUUGGCCCAGCAACACGUGUGGGCUGCUGUUACCCCUGAGGCUAAGAACCAGGCUUUCAAUUGCACAAAUGGCGACGUUUUUGCAUGGAAGAGCGUGUGGAAGCUGCUGAGUGAACUGUUCGAGGUUGAGUUUGUGGCUUUCGAGGAGGGAGACGAGUCUGAUUUGGGGGAGUUGAUGCGCGAUAAGGGUAGCGUUUGGGAGCAGAUUGUGGAGAAAUACGGUCUUCACAAAACCAAGUUAGAGGAAAUUUCCUGCUAUGAAGCCGUCCAAACAGUGCUACAGUUUAAGUUCCAACAUGUCUCUAGUAUGAACAAGAGUAGGGAAUACGGGUUUCAUGGGCACGUGGAUACUUUCAAGAGUAUCAGAUUCUGGGUUGAGAAGCUCAGAGAGAUGAAACUCAUACCCUCAUAUGAACACUGAACAACUCCAUGCUUUCUUGGUUGCUUCGUUGCUUUAUGUUCGUCUGCUUCUAAUGGCAUGAUAAGGAAAGUUGCUUUUUAUUUCUUAUUUUAAGUUGAUAUAUUUUCUCAGUCGUGGUAAAAAAAUAGAAUUUUUUUCUGGGUUCAACUUUUUCCAUUUAAAUAUAGAACGUUGCAGGAAAUACGGUUUGGUUGCGUUCGGAUCCCGAUCUCUCUCAUUCAAGAUGACCACGAGAACAAAUAUUUAAUUAGCAAAAUGUAUAAACGUGUUUGGGGGAAAAAAUGUCAAUGAAAGAGUGUGUUGUGGGAAAAAGUUAACGGGUCAGACUGUAAAGCAUUGUGGAAUUUUAUUUUAAAAUAUAAUUAUAAUUAAUAAGUAUUAUUAUUUUGGUGGCAAACGAGAUUGAUUAGUAUGCCGACCAAAAAGUGAUGAAUUUUUAAUUGAAAGCUUUUCCCGUGCAUUUAGUGGAGUCAGUGGUAAAAAUUUAAAUUUAUUUAAUUUCCUUCCUUUAACCUAACCGACAUUGCAUAACAAAACUGGGAUCCGAAUCCUCCUUCUCUUCCUUCAAUCUGAAUCAUCUGCAGAGAACACAAAGGAGAGGAAGAGAGAAAAAGGCUAAUAAAGAAAUGAGAAAAGGGCUGGGAUGAUGAGUGAGGCUAAAGCAAGAAGAGAUAGAAAAAGGAAAGGAGGUUAGGUGGGAGUGAACUUGAGGAGAUGGAGUGGAGUGAGGAAGUGGAGAUGGAAAAAAAGUGAAGAAGAAGGAGAAACCGAAAUAAAGAGGAAAGACAGAAAAGAAAAAAAAAACUGCUGCUGCAAUUCUCAUGCAAACUACAGGAAUUUAUUUCUUAAUCUCAUUGUAAUUUACAUUUAGUAAACAAAAUAAAUAUUUUAUUUGAAUAAAAACAUUUAAAAUUUUAAUAUAGAUUAUCUCGCUAAGUUUGGGUUUAAAACUGAAUUUUUUUUCUGAUAAAAACUCUUCCUCCUGUAGUGCAUUUUCUUAAUAUAGAUUCUCUAGAGAUCUGAUCUUCUGCAUUGAAUUCUUAAGGUUUCUAUUGUUUAUAGACUUUUAGACUUU